ACCUAUAAAUGGAAACCUACUGUGCUCCACAGUUAUCUAGAUGGCAAGAGGCACCGGCUCAUGUCCAGUUGAGAAGUGAAGGCAAAGCAAUGUAGACACGGUACUGUAUGUCCAAACAAACGCUCAACACAAGCAACAGCAUGGCCUUGGAGCAGCCACAUGGGGCCUUAGGAAAGGUUUCCGUUGUCUUUGCAACCAAGCUCAAGUCAUUUACCUUCCUGCCAAUUCUGAAAAAGCUGCCUACAGAGAACAGGGUUAAAUCAGUGUGGUCGAGUAAACUGAGUGAGGCUUUAGGAGACCAUGAGGCUGCCGAGGGGAAAACAAUCGAUGAAGGUUCCUACAAGGCCGAGGUUGUGUACGUUAGUGACAUGGAGCCCCAAAAGAUAACCAAGCACUCUGAAACUCAGAAAUCUACUAAGUCAGAUAUUGCUCCAUUGCCUACCCCAGCUGUGGCUCAUGAUGAAAUAGUUUGCACAAGUCCAAAGCCUAGCCCUGGCACCCUGGGCACAGCUGAUAAUAAACAUCCAAGGACCUCUCAGCUAGGGUGUCACAAUACUGGAGCUGAGGUCAGGUCAGGGCUGUUAUUAAACAGUGAGUCUCAGAGAGAGGAGGAGGUCCUGAGCCCAGUCAGCUCUGUGGAACUUUUUACAUCACCUUUCUCUUCUAAAGAGUCCAUCCUCUCUGAAGGCUGGGAGCAGGAAACAGGCUGGUCUGUGCUCCAAAUGCUGUCUCCCAGUGGUUCUAUCUCACCUUGUUCAUCUGUGAGGUCAGGGGCCUUUACCCCUUCAGUGAUGAGAAUCAAGUGCCACACACUGGCCCCAGGCUCCAGCCUAAUGAAGAUGCCACUCACCUCCUGCCAGACACAUGGUUGCAACAAACAUAUCACCUCGCCAUGCCCCUUGUCCACCCGUGCCCGACACAGGCCCCCACCCACACAGCUGUCACUAUUAACAGCCAUCUUGAGGAAGGGCCGUUUGCCAGUCCUUUCUUCUGCCUUGCAGAGGCCCUACUCUCCUUGUUGGCCCAUUAGCCCAGUCAACAUGUCCUCCUGCAUGGCCUGUUCAGCAGCUUCAAAGGUAGCUCCCAUGGUGGACUUACGACCAAAGUCUUGCAUGUCUAAAGGCACAAUAUGUACACAGCCCAGUUGCAAAACAAGACAAAAUCCCCCAGUUUUAAUCGCCAAGACAGAGCCUGUGUCACCCAAGGAGCAGAACAAAGGAAACAUCUCGUCAACAGCAACACAAUCAACAGAUGCAAUAGAAUCUAACACACAUUCAGCCAGAAGUAGGAUUAUUUCAUCACCAGAAGGAAGAAGCUCUGUGACUUUGACAAGUUGUAGCACACCUCCUGGAGCACACCUAUACAAACGAACCCAUAAAGGCAUUCAUGUAUCCACAGACCCCAGCUUGAUGCUUGCUUCAUCUUCCUCCACGCCAAUGUCUUUUUCUCCUGAAUCCAAUUUAGACUCCCAAAUCCAAGGAAAUGGACACAAACCAAAUGAUACCUCUCCUAUUGUGAGAAAUACAAAACCUAGCCAGACGCUAUCCUCUGAUUUGAAACUUAUGCAGAUGGAAGAUGAACCAUGUCCUACCCCUGAUCACAAACAGUCUCAAGACAUCUUGGCUUCAGCAGUCCCAAAGUACACAGAUGUCAUACCAGGUUCUCAUUUGCGAAAUGACAGGAAAAUCUUCCAUGAAUUACAGAAAGUUCAUUCACCAUCUCCAGUUUUUCAACAUUCUCCUUCCCCAAGGGUCACUGGUCUCACUCAUCUCUCUAACACCCCUUCUAUUUCACCUGUCCUCCCCUCACCGAGACCAGGCUCCUGCUCUUCUACAUCAGACCGCUACACGUUGUCUUCAUCUCCAGCAAUCCCUGAUUAUCACCUCUCACCAUCUCCUUCUUCCUCACUCCGUUCUACACCUACUCUAUACCUAAGGGACCGUACUCCAGACUGCAUAGACAGGGGUCCCAAAAAGCCAUACAAGAUCAAGUCCACCUAUAAAGCUCUUGCUGCUAUUCCAACAAAUACACUCCUUCUGGAACAGCAGGCAAUUGAUGAUGAGGUUAAUAAGAAUGUUCCUCUGGACCCUCGCGACAGUUUUGCAUGGGAGGACCCUCAUUCUCAGAUGUGCAGCCCUGCCCAGCUCCGACAGCAGUCCACAGAGCUGUAUCAAGUGAUUGAUGAAGUAUUAAAGGACAACAGAACUGAACCGUCAAGCCCUGCAAACAAACUCACUGUGAAGUCGGUGGCAUCUGAGACAACAAGGAAACUAACACCAUCGCCACCACCAAGACCAGGACGAGAAACAAAAUAUGCGAAUUUUCAUCACCAACCUCCUGCUGAAAAAACACUGACAAAGCCUGGGGUCAUAAGGCCAGCCAUGGUUGUGUCGAUGUUAAAUGAUGACAAAGAGAAAAGUUGUUUUUCGGAAACCUUUCAAAGACAGCAAGAUAGUUUCUCCACUGGCCACCAGUACAAGCUUGCCAGCAGUAUGUUGUCCACGAAGGAUGAACCUCAUGGACAAGGAGAUUUGGAAGGGAAGACAGAUUCCUGUGAGGGACCUGAGAAGUGUAUGUCAAGCUCAUCUCUUGUGAUGAAUCAGGCCAGGGGACACAGCACUCCGUCACCAACAAGCACAUCUCUAUAACCUAUGAAGGUUGAAAAUGGAAACCCAUGGUACUCACAUUUAAGUGUCCACACAAAAUGAGUUCGACAAAGAAAGCAAGCAAGCAAGUAAUGGAACAAGAUGAGCUCUAACAUUGUGAAAUCACACAGUGAAACUUCCAAGGACGACAGUCUUCUAUAAUUGUCAUUUCUGUUCUACCUUCAAAAAAAAGUUCAUUAUGAAAUAAUAUUAUCCUAACACAAUUCGAUUUCAGUAUUACUUGGAAAUGUGAUUUAAUGUAAUCUUUCUCUUGAUUAUGUGAACAGGAAAUGCAUGUCACUUUUUAAAGGGUUUUAUAUCGCAAUGCAUUUAUUAGAGGGUCAGAGGAAAAUUAAGAAACUGUUUUGUACCAACUGUUUUGGUUUCUUCUGCCUUUUUUCUAUCAUCUGAUUUUGUUUCCUGCUUUUGUUUCCACAUGAUUACACAAUUCAGUCUUUACUGUUCUACAAAUCUGUCCUUAGGGUCCUUAAUUGGUCCACUGCAAAAAAUUAUAUCUUAGCAAGUGAAAAGAUCUUGAAAAUAAUUGAAACGACCUAGCAUUUCCUAUUAGAAGAAUACAAGGCACCAAUUCUGAGAUUAUUAAACCUUGUUCUAGAUUGCAACCAACUUAUUCUAAAAUGUCUUAUCAAGUAAAAAUAUCUGUCCAUGCAGCAAGAUAAUUUCACUAGUAUUAAGUAAUUUUCUCCUCAAAUUCAGUAGUCAAUUUUUUGCAGUGUCCACAGUUUGCUCUCCUACAGAUCCUUACACGUCUUUAGUAAGGAUAGAGUGCUCUUCAGAGCUUUGUUUGUGUUUGAGAAGCUGGGCGAGAGCAAAAUGUGGACCAUUUAAUGGAAGCCCUAAGAACCAAUUCGAGAAGGAUUGCAUUAUUGCACAAAGUUAAAGGAGGACACCCUGCACAAAAUUGUAUGUAUUUUAUAAAUCCAUACUUUCAAGUAUUGGUUUAUGGUAUGUGUAAAUUAUUUGUGCUGUAUUCUGAAAUAAAAAUAGCUUGGAAUGACA